GAGCAGGAAUUUGCAUGGCGGGCUUUUCCCUCUCCUGACUCUCAGGUCAGGUGACGUGCGGAGGAGCUGCCACGUAUGGCGGGAGAGCGGACGGCCGCGUGAGCGCGCGUCACGGGGCUGGGCGCGCUGGGCGCCCGCAGGAGUGCAAAAGGUCAGGGAGAGGGAGGGAGGUCAAGGGGGCCAUAGAGAUGGUGGUGGGCGUGCAGAUGCUGCUGCCGAACACGUGUUCGGUCGCAGCAAGCGGUCUGCCGUCGUCUUCUGUUGCGUUUCCUUCUGCUCCUUCCUUUUCCUUGUUCGUUUCGUCUUGGUCUUCAUAUUCGUCGUCUUCAUCUCUUGAUGGCGACGUGCAAUUGCCUGCCGCUCCAUCCUUCAACGUCAAAGAUGGCUAUGGCCCAAAGAUGCCAGCUUUGCAUGGGUGGGGCAAACGUCCGAGCUCCAGCUAUGGAGGUGGGAUAUCCUCCUUCCCGCCCUUUUCUCUGUCAUACCCUGGACCGGUCGCAUCGGGAAUAAUCGAGGGAGAGAAUCGCAACUACGAGUCGGGGUGGGGACCACCACCAUGCACGUGUCCCGCUGCCGCAAUUCCUGCUCGUUGUCGUUGUUAUCAAACCCCUGCCAAAUAUCCAGGGCAUGGUGGUGGUCCCCACCACCACCAUGGACUUCAUUAUCGUCCACGUAAGCAAGCUGAUCAUCAUCAUGUACAUCAUGGUCGCAGAGGCCUGCGCAGUAUAGCUGGCUUCAUCGAGACCUCCUCCUCCCCCUCCUCCUCCUCCGCAUCCUCCACCACCCCACGCUUUGCUGCCCUUGCGUUGUUGUCAACGUGUUAUCGUAAUCGCUCUCCUCCUUUCUCAGUACGCCGAGCCGAUGUGUCUGCCGAGAUCAACGGCGAUGUUUCGAUCUCAGGCGACGCUGGAUAUGGCGGGAAGGAAGUGAGAGUUGGAGGCGAUGUCUGGAGGCGAGGAGGAGGGAGGCAGCGGCGCAGCGGGAGGAGGAGGACAAGCUGCGUGGACGGUGGAGUAUCGAGCCAAAUGAGCGGUGGACAAGAUUUGGCGGGAAGAUUUCCCGCCAUUUCUGGAGCUGUUUACUGUUGUCGUCCGUGUUAUCCUUCUUCUUCUCCGUUCCGCUUCGCUCCCGGCGAUUUCCAUGGCGAUGGCGCCGAAAGGAAGAGGAUGCGGGGAGCCGUUGUAAUGCGCGCCGGCCGUGGUGAUGAUGGGAAUGACGAAGCAAAAAAAGCAGAAGGUAUAAGAGAGGAGGAGGGAAGAGGAGAAGAGGAGGAUGGAGGCGGUGAGGAAGCGGAGGAAGCGGAGGAAGCGGAGGAAGCGGAGGAAGCCGAGAAAGCGAAGGAGGAGGUGGAGGAAGUGGAGGAGGAGGAGGAGGAGGAGGAGGAGGAGGAGGAGGAAGACGAAGAGGAGCAGGAACUGGGAUGAGAUGUCCCUUAAAGUUGGAAUGAUAGCAAUAAUAUU